AUGAGUGACUCACCGAUCUCCGCUAUAGUAAACGAAAAAGAUGCGCAUCUACGAUUCCGCAAUUUUUCCCUCCAUCCCCUUUACUCGGGAAAUGUUCGAGAAAGCUAUGUAGAAGGAGCUCAGCAUAUUUGGUGUAAGAGCUCUCCUGGGUGGUACCACGACGCUCAGCGCGCAGAAAGCUUGCUGCGUGUCGCUGAUUGCGAUGGCAUCACCUGCCCAGCUUGGUCAGCAAUGCUAUCAAUAACGAUGAUAAUGCAAAUAAAACCAGGUGCACGAAGUGUGGAACGAGCAGCAAAUAAUAUAAGAGGAAUGAAAAAUAAAACAGACGAAAGUAUGUGUGACGAGGAAGCAAAGAAACAAAAGAAAAGAAGAGAGCGUGAAACUCAAGGAGGACCACAUAGACACCGGAUGCGCAAGCAGGGUAACCACUUUGCCCCAAGCGCACUCGAGCAUAUCCCAAAUGAGAGUGCAUUGAUGGAAUGA